GUGCGCAUAUCCGCAGAUCUGUAAGCCGUCGACACGGAAGACUCAGGUUCUCAACAACACCUCGAUGUUGCUACAGAACGCGUUGCUAGUCACUCUGUCUUAACUGUAGAAUAUUGAAUUUGUCUUUGCUUUAACUAUUGUAGCUUGUGAGGUAAACAUAAAAAACAUGGCUGCCGCUCUGUUAAUGGUAUUGUAGCUUGUUUGCCUCAAGAACGCCGAGAGUAAACUGUGGCAAGAUCCCGAAAAGCAGACGAAAAUGCCAGCUCGUAAUAUUGUAUCCCACGAUACUCCUAACAGCAAAGUUAAGUACUCCAGGUUAGCCACAGAUGAUGACGGCUACAUUGAUUUACAGUUCAAACGGAGCCCACCCAAGGUCCCAUACAAAGCGAUUGCCCUCGCAUCAGUGCUCUUUCUCAUCGGCUCUACUUUAAUCAUCAUCGGUGCUCUUCUUUUGGCCGGAUACUUUGGAGUUACCAACUCCGACCGAACGGUGCCUGUGCUGAUCAUCGGCAUCAUAGUUUUCCUGCCUGGGAUUUACCACUUACGGAUAGCUUACUAUGCAUCAAAGGGCUAUCCUGGGUACUCCUAUGAUGACAUCCCAGACUUUGAUGACUGAACCACACUAAAACCUCAGCGGCAGUCUUUCUUCAUUCGCAUCCAUUCAUGUAUCGCUUGUACUGAAUUUAAAAUAGCUAAUAACAGCUUAUAGCUUAAUCACUUUUUGGAAAUCGGUGUUCUUUGUGUAGAUUUCAAUUUCUAGUUAGUUUGUGAAUGUGUUUAUUUUAAUAAAUUAUGAAAAUGAUCUUUCAACAAUUCAUUCGCUUAAUGCCUUUUUUGUGAUUCAAGUGGUUUAUCCUUGUAGUAAAUAAUAAUUAACUGUAAAAUAAAAUCAUUGUUCUCAAA